CUCUCGGCUCUUUCCGCCUCGUCGCGGGUUUCGGGCUUCGGCUCUUUCCGGAGCGAGUUCGUUCUGUCUCUGACUCUCUAGCUCGCAGCUGCUACCGACGAGCUGCUGAGGAGCUGAGCUGGGCUGGGCUGCAGAUGUCGGACUCGCUGCUCACUAAGGGGUCUGGGUUCUUGAACCCCGCCGGCGACGGGGUAGAGGCCGGAGCCGGAUCUGGGGACUGUCCGGCCCCCACCGCAGAAAAUGAGGAUCCAGACCAAAGAAGCAGUGAUAUUGCUUCCCCAAUGAUGACUGCCUCUGCUCAGGAGCCUUCAUCCUCACCUGGAAGGCCAAAGAUUGUAUCUUCUGUGGCUGAGGAUGUAGCAGAAAAUCCUGGAAAAGGUGACGGUGCUUUGGAGGAGCAGUCAUUGGUGGGUCAGGAAACACUGUCAGAAGACCCACUUCUUAAAGAGGACUCUGUUGUUCGGAUGAGCAAGUACCAAGCACCAAAAGGAUCAGGAGACAUGGUUAUGAUCCAGUCCGACACGGGAGACACAGGAACCGUGGAUGUCCUUUCAACUGAGUUGGAGUCUGCAGAUCUCCUUGGAGAACAGAGAAGAGUCUCAACACCUCCUCUGUCUCCUCCAUCCAUAUGGACCUUUGCCAAGAUGAAGGAAUUCAAAACCAAGAUGAGCAAGGUGAAGAAUUCUCGGCUAGUGGUGAAGCGGGGUGAGGUAGUAACAGUACGUGUGCCCACCCACCCUGACGGGAAGCGUCUCUUUUGGGAAUUUGCCACUGAUAAUUAUGACAUUGGCUUUGGUGUCUAUUUUGAUUGGACCCCUGUAACCAGCACUGCUGUCACUGUGCAUGUCAGUGAGUCCAGUGAUGAGGAUGAGGAUGAUGAAGAGGACGGGGAGGGAGGGAUUGAAGGACUCGUCCCAAUUGGAGAUGUGGAGAUGGGCUCCAAGAGCUCUCUGCGAAAUCGCUAUGGGGAGAUCAUGCCAGUUUAUCGGAGAGAUAGCCACCGUGAUGUCCAGGCUGGUUGUCAUGACUACCCAGGAGAAGGCAUCUACCUGCUUAAAUUUGAUAAUUCCUACUCACUGCUACGCAACAAGACUCUCUACUACCAUGUAUAUUACACCAGCUGAGGGACUGAGGCCACAGGUCUGGUGGGCAAAGGGGAAUUUUUUUUCCUGACACCUUUUGCUUUCUACGGACAACCUGCUUAAAUGCUGAGUGUGAGGCUUCUGAAGUUUGCACUUACCUGCCUGGCAUGCCUGCCUGUUGACCUAAGAAUCGCUUAUUCCCCUUCCACCACUUCUACAGGUUGUACUUGGCCAAUUUCUCCUGAUAUAAACUUCAGGGAUAACCCUCUGUGAAGUCAUCAGGCAAGAACCUAAAAGGAAGUGGGAUGUUGUCUUUCUGUUUGUCUCUUAUUUUGUAUCAUACAAGGUAUGCCACUGAGCUGGGGGUGGCUGCCUUUCCCCUUCCUCUCUCCAAAUCCUCAUGCCAUUUAUGGCACUUGCUAGCCUCAGUUUUAUAAAUUUGUGAAGUGGGCCUUUGCCCUCUUUACCUGUGGCUUUCCAAAUCACUAAGGAAGGGGAAAGCUUGUGUUUAUAAAAGAAACUGAGAUGAUAAAAAAAAGGAAUUCUUCUGCCCAGCCUCUUUCCACUGCCAUGUUCCCAGUCUGUUCCUUGUUGUUAGCCUAGCACUGGCUCUUCUCUUUGAAGAGGCCUUACUGCCCUUUGAGGACUAUGCCUUGUUCCCUGUGGUGAGUCCUCAGCUGCUAAGUCUGUGUACUUGCUACCAAUGCAAAGAUUUUUUUAUGUAAUCUCAAAAAUCCAGUGUAUUUUUAAGAGUCUCCUGAGAAGAAAAGAUUCCCCACCACUUCCUUCUGUUAAUAAGCAGUCACCCUAACCCAGGGCACAGUGGUGGCAGAAAGAGAAAAGUGGUUAUGUGUGGUAAGAAGCAGAUGAUCAGGCACUGUAAGGCUCUUUUAGCAUCCUAGACCCUACUUUCCUGACAUGUAAGUGUGGCUAAGUCUUCAUAUGAAGAAGAAUGUAGCCUGGUUAUCAUAAACAAUCCAAGCUUCCCCACCUAGAAUGUGAGUGUUGCUAAUGAAUUUGCUCUAGAACCAAAUGGUCUAUUCAGGUAAUUCUCUUGUAAUGUUUUCUUACCUGUUAGACUCAUGCAAAAAGCUCACCAGUUAGUUAGUUUUCUGGAUUUGCUGCUUCCCAUCUUUGAUCCUCUUUAGUCUUUUAGAGAAGGGUGAUAAUGGAGCUCCUGACACUGGUUGCUGCUCGUUUUGUUACUUGUUCAUUUCCCAGCCAAAUCCUGUUUCCCUGGCGACAGUCUACCCCCCCCCCAGCUCCCCACAUAAUUAACUUUAAAUCCUAGGAGUGCCACAGGGUAUCAGGUGGUGCUUUUAGCUGUUGCCAGAGCAACUUGGUACUUAAGCAGAGAAGGUACAGAAGAACUGGGAUUUGUCUGUUGCCUUUACCUCCUUCCCGGCCCCCCCCCCAUUCCUUUUGUCAAUUCUGUUAGUGUCUUGGGAUUGUAAGGAGUAAACAAAUUUAUUUAUUAAGUUAUUUAUUUUUCAAAUGCAUUUCAGUUCACCUUUGAAAGUUUUUUCACCUGUUAGUCUGGAGGCCUGCCUUUUGUUCUGAGCCAUGUGGGCAGCCUUUUCCCUAAGAGUUAAAAGUGAUGCUGUUGUGAGUAGCCUUGCGUGUGAGGUUGGUGUCCUUUCAGAGAGAGGAAGAUAAACCCACUACUUAUAUAGGGGAUAUGUACUGCCAUGUUUCCUUCAGGGAAAACUCAGCCUUUGAAAGGAGUGUGUUUCUUUGUAAGGAAUCCAAUCUGCCAAGAUUGCUGAUCAGAGUUUGCAUUGUCAUCCAGGAUUGCAAAAGUCCUUUGCAAAAGUUCUUCAGGGAUCAAGAUAAUCCUUCCCAAUGCUCUCCUCUGACUUCUUCCUUAGUCUCAAUCAUGGAGUUUGUGUGCCAGACUCAUCAAAACCCCAUCUUUCUUACUGGAAAAAUAACCCAAAGUUUAGACUCGUUUCAUAGUGGAUUGGUAGUAUCAUCAUUGUAUAUGAAGGACAUGAUGACAUCAUGUGCCUUUGGUUUCUCCUGGGAACAGCUCCCCCUCCCCCCCCCCCCCACUCAAGGGUUUUAUAUGUGGUGGAAGCCAUAGCUCAACUGUUCUCAAAGCUGCAUCAUGCCCGUGAUGUCGUAUAUCAGUGGCUGCAUUUUGUAGAGGUCUGAGUUUGUCUCUGGUGUCUAGCUAAGUAUAUGAAUUGCUGCCCUUCCCUAGUAGAGGAAGACACUUUAUGCAGUGGGCAAACUGGUCAGAUGGCUGGACAGUCAGCUUAUUCUUGACUGAACUCGAGUUAUAUGCCUUAGCAAAUGCAAAGAGCAUCUUCCCAGACUUAGGGGAUCCUGAAGGGUUUACUGUUUGGCUGAAGUCUCGUUUGCUUUAAUUCUUUAUCGUUUCCAUAAUGGCUUAUUUUCUUCUAUAACAGUGAACUUUUGAGACAAAGAGUAGCCUCCUUAGCUUAGGUUAUUAGCACAUAUUUCUGUGAUAUGAAGAACUCUGCCCCUCAUUUUCUGUGGAUCUGUUGUGUUAGGGGAUACCUGGGAGGCAUUAUGUUCCUGUUCUUGCCAUGUCCACUCUUAGAUGACCUUGUUUACCCCUCAUUCCACACCGAUGGUAUAUGAAACAACCCAAAUUGUAUUUUCCCAUCAGCUCAAAAUAGCUUAAGAUGAAGUAUUUUCACUUUCUACUACAAAAAUUCUCGUGUCAUAUUGCUAAAUGGUACAUCAUUAGAGACUGAGGAGAAGGUAUUACAUGGAAUUUCAGCAUCCUGGACAACUUCUAAAAGGUGCUUUAGAGCCUGGUCCAAACUCAGUGAACAAAAACACACACACACACACACACACACACACACACACACACACACACACACACACAGAUAUUCCUUUUUCUCCUCCUUUAUCUCUCUCCAAAAACUAAAUCUAAAUUGUGGAAUCAAAGAGUCUAAAAAGUGGAGGGGCUUCUGGGGCCAACUAGUCCAAUUUGCAGCUGACCAAGAGUCCUAACUACAAAAUCACCAAUAAGGAAUCAGCACAUCUCUGAUUAAAGACUUCCAGGGUUGGGGCAGCUAGGUGUUGCAGUGGAUAAAGCACUGGCCCUGGAUUCAGGAGGACCUGAGUUCAAAUCCGGCCCCAGGCACUUGGCACUUACUAGCUGUGUGACCCUGGGCAAGUCACUUAACCCUCACUGCCCCCCUCCCCCCCAUAAAAAGACCUCCAGGGUUGGGGAGAGAGGGGAAAACUUUUUCCCAAGGCAGCCUUACUUUACUUUUCAAUAGAUAGCUCUGGUUAUGAAAAAGCUUUCUUUUUCAUCAAGUCUAAACCUCUCUCCUCUUCCCUCUCUGCUGCCUUCUGUUUUGGCUUGUUCUAUCUUCUUCCAUAUGAUACUCCUUCAGAUAUUUGAAGAUAACUAUCAUGCCUCUCCCUUUCUUUUCUUUAGGCUAAACAUCUUCAGGUCCUUCAAUUUAUCUAGAACAGUUGAGGAAGAAAGAUCUUAGCCAAAGGAAGGAUUAUGCCUCUUGUCUUUUUCGGGGUUGUACCCGGUACAGCUGCAUGUUUUGCACCUGCCUAAAUUGUGCCACUAUAUGGUGGGUUGCAUUUAUGAGGCCUUGGCCAAAAGUUCUCAUAGAACCACAGGACUUUGGAACUGGAAGGAACUUUAGAGACUUACUUCCUCAUUUUAGAAGUGAAGAAACUGAAGCUCAGAGAGAUGAAGGAAGUUUUAGGGUGUUAAUUUUUAAAUGGUUAAGUCGAAAUCUUGCCAGUGUCCAUUCACAAAGAAAGUGUGUUUAUAGCCAACAUCUGACAAAUGGCAUCUAGAAUGUGAUCUUCAUCAAUAUUCUUCAGUAGCCUUCUUUGACUACCUGGCCUGAACCCCCAAAUCCCUCUGGCCCUAAUUCUUGCUGUACUAACCCUGAUCAUGCCUACAGAUGUGGUGAUAAUAAUAGCUGAUGCUUAAAUAAUGCUUUAAAGUUUGUAAAGCACUUUACAUACAUUAUUUCAUUUGACCCUCGCCACAGUCAUGUGAUUAUUAAUGAAACCAACUCUGGAAGGACUUCAUUCUUAUCCCAGUUGCCUAUGGACAUGUCUUCAGGGUUCUGAAGCAUAGUGCAACCCUGAGAUCAAAUAUACUUAAAAAAUGAAAUAGAGAAUAACUUGGAAUACUAUUUUAUAUCUUUUUGCUUUUUUAAUGAACUUUUUUUUUUUGCUUAUUAAGAUUGAGAAGGG